UUCCAAAUCCAACCCUGCUCUAUAAAUAACAGGCGACAAUUCAUAAAAGGAGCGCGAGAUCGAUCGCGCGCGCCCUCGAUCGGAUCGGAACCCGUCGAGGAACCGCGAGGGAGCUCGAUCCGAUCGCGGGAGCGCCGCGCCCACCAGAUCAGGAGGAGCUGAGGGAUCCCAGCCAAGGAGGAGCGCGCGGUUGGGCGCCUAAUUUGUGCUGAUUGGCCGAUCUCUGCUUCUUGUUCCAGCGCGCGUGCGGAUCCAUGGAAUCAGCAUCGGAGAGGACUGGCGCUAUGGAUUCACCGGAGCCAAGAAUCGAGGUCGAGCAAAAACCUGUUAUCGACCAUUCCUAUGAAGGAUGAGAAAACUGUUAAACCCACCAUUUCACUUGAUUCAAGUGUUAUCAAUCUACCAAGUGAAGGACAAGUCCAGGCGGUCACAUCCAACAUAGGUGGGGAACAUAGUGCUGCAUAUCCACAACACAUUUAUUCAUCGCAAGCAGAACCAUUCUAUUACCAAGGUACAGGAUAUGAGAACCUUCCAAAUGAAUGCGAUGUAUAUCCUCCCUAUACGAGUGUUGAUGGAUUGGAAGUGGGUCCAGCGGUUAUGUACAACGAGGAACCUUCCAUGAUGUACCAUGGUGGCUAUGGUUAUGACCCUUAUGCUCAUUAUUCUCCUAUCUCGACACCAGUACCGGCUGGUGUUAGUGGAGAUGGUCAGCUCUACUCUCCUCAGCAGUUCUCCUCGGCUCCUUACUACCAGCAACCAUUACAGCCUGACAUGCCAUAUUUAGGCUCUCCUACUCCCGUAUCACAGGGUGAGACAAUGAUGCCAAUUGACCCAACACAAAGUGCUUUUAUCGCUGACACUCUGAGUCCAAACAGCUUCCUUUUUGGACCAAGACCAGAAUGGUUUAGAUCGUCACAAGGAACUGGUUCGUUUCUAUCACCUGCAACUUCACCUCAACCUUUUGGUGAUGUUUCAGGGGCAUUCGGACAAAGCAACUUUCCUAUGGCUUCUGGGAUGAUGCCCCCUCAGCAGAAGUCCUUCUAUGGUUUUGGAACCCCUAGUGACUCUUACGGAAGAAGGUUCUCUCAUCGUGGGAGUUUCCCACAUGCCACUAAUUAUGGCAGUCCUUUCCCUGGCUAUGGCCUGAAUGGUAGAAGUUUGAAUCCAGUUGACAAAGAGCGCAGGAGAGGGAGGGGUAAUGCUUUGUUAUGCAGCUUUGUUGGUUCACUUGAUUUCCUCAAUGAGCAAAGCCGUGGUCCACGUUCCACCAGGCCUAAGAAGCAACGAGAGGAUAACAGUAAAGAUGAGAAGUCUUCUGCUGGACUUGACCAGGGGUCAUACAACAGGACUGAUUUUGUUACAGAGUACAAAAAUGCUAGAUUUUUUAUCAUAAAAUCAUACAGCGAAGAUAAUGUGCACAAGAGCAUCAAAUAUGGUGUUUGGGCUAGCACCACAAAUGGAAACAAGAAACUAGACGGGGCCUAUCAUGAAGUAAAGAAGGAAGAACACUGUCCCAUUUUUCUGUUGUUUUCGGUGAACGCUAGCGCACAGUUCUGCGGUGUUGCGGAGAUGACUGGACCAGUGAAUUUUGAGAAGAGUGUGGACUACUGGCAGCAAGAUAAGUGGACUGGCCAGUUCCCUGUUAAUUGGCACAUACUGAAGGAUGUUCCAAAUAAUCUCUUCCGCCAUAUAAUUCUUGAAAACAAUGAGCACAAGCCGGUAACCAACAGCCGGGACACACAAGAGGUGAAACUGGAACAAGGACAGGAGAUGCUGAAAAUCUUCAAGGACCAUGAGGAGGAUGCGUCGAUCCUCGAUGACUUUAACUUUUACGAGGAACGUGAGAAAGCCCUGCUGGAGAAUAAGGCAAGGCUGUAUCAGCAACAACAGAUAUCCAGCUCCACUGUUGCUGAGCCCAAGAAGCCGUCGACUGUACCAACUGACCUGGUGGGUCAUAUCGCCAAGAAUUGUAGCUUUAUUGAGCCCAAGAAGCCCUUGACUGUACCCACUGACAUGGUGGGUCAUAUCACCAAGACUUUUGCACAGGCUGUUCGGCUUGGCAAGGCCAAGAGUGUGAGCCCUCUGGGCAAGAAAGGCCCUGCUGGGGAUUUAUCUGUUGCUGCGAAGCCUGUCGAGGUCAGAGAGAGCGACUAGAGCAGUUGAAGUGAGAUUUGGCUUUCCUCGAAAUUUAAUCCAUGUGCUUCCUCAUCAAAAUGCUGGGGUGUAUAAAGAAAAACACAGGUGAAGAUGAUGGCCUCGGUAGUUUCUUGCAUAGUCUCUUUUGUCUUAAUUUCCUUUGCUUUAUUAUAUAUUCGAGUAUGAUUAUUCCUAGUUGGUAGGCUUAAGGUAGAGAGCUGCAGUUUUGUUAAAUUUUCCUUUUCUUGUUACUUAUUGAUGGUGCAAUUCUGAACAAGAUACAUCUACCUGUGCACCAGUGUAUAUGUAAUAAGCAAUACAAUGGGAAUCCUAUAGGGCCAACUCUUUCUCCAUGGUUCCUCAUGGAAUUGCUCAUUCCGAAAUGGCAAAAUAGCAUUCUUUUGUCC